AAAUUCACCUGUUUUAAUUGGACCAAUGGAUAAUUUUACGCUCACACCAAAUGACAUUGGUUUUAUCAGAAAAUCAAACCCAGAUAUCAACGUAGUACCAAAUAUACGGAAUAUCCGUAGAGAUGGUGCAAAUUCGAGAUAUGCGGAGUACUUUAUUAUAGGAAGCAAAGAAAUAACUGGUACUGGUGUCCAUAUAUGUAAGUCGGGUUUUGUAACUGGUGUUACUUGUGGUCGUGUGAGAUCACGUAAUGCAAAUGUUGAAAGUCCUACAGGCCGUAAAGAAGGUGUCUUGGUAACAUCCACAAAGGCUGUUCAAGGUGAUAGUGGCGGAUCUAUGAUUCAAUUCAGUUACAAUGAUUCGAUACCUUACGUAAAUGCCGUCGGUAUAGUCGCAUCCUUAGGUAACAACCCAUACGAUAAAGCGACAUAUUGUGAACCAAUAAGAAAAGCUUUUGAAUAUGGUUACGCACUUACACAUUAUUUAAUACAGUAA